AUGGCUGAGAGGAGGAACGCGGAAUACGAUCUAAUAGUAAAUUGUUUGAACCUUCCAAUUGUUCAAAUGUGGUUCCGCUUUCAUUCUAGAAAUGAAAACUAUCUCUACCUUGACAUCUUGCCCAUACCAAGAGGACAUGUAACAUUAUUUGCUCCCCCAGCCUACCCGGAUACGAAUGCAAUCUGGUCAGUUAUGAUUGGAGAUAAACGGAUUUGUCAUCGACAAUUUCAGUGUCCAGUUCAGGCCAAAUCAAUGCUUCAGGCAUUUAUAUCUUGUACCUAUGUGGUUAGUAGGCACCUGAACAUAGAAAUGCCACAGGAUGUGGUCAAGAUUGAUCCGUUAUUUGCCCAAAAAUUGCAUGCUCUGUUACCAGGAGACUAUGUGCAUCGUCUAUUAACCGUUAUGUAA